AAAAAUGUUAGUUUUUUCCUCUUGUAUUUUUCCAAACAUGAAUACUGAAUGGUCCUUUGAAGAACCACAAAACUAUGAUCAGCAGAAUAAUAUUCUACAAAAUGAGAUUACUAACGACUCGUUUGAAGGUUUACAUAUUGAUAAUAUUCAAUAUUCAUAUUCUAAAGAAAAAAGCUUUGAUAAUCAGUCAUUAAUGGCGAAGAAGCUAAGCCAUAACGCAAGUGAGCGUAAUCGACGGAAGAAGAUGAAUUUCCUUUAUUCCACUCUUCGUUCUCUGCUUCCUGCUGCUAAUCAUCAAAAGAAAAAGCUAAGCUUUCCAGCAACAGUAUCUUAUGUGCAAGAAUACAUACCAGAGCUGAAGAAGGAAAUUGAGAGAUUAAGUCAAACAAAGGAUUUGCUUUUAUCAACCAUAUUAUCAAAGAAAGCAGAUUCAUUAGUCCAGCCUAAUAAUUAUAAUAAUAAGAGAAAUACAACUUCUUCUGCAUCUUCAACAUCUAUUUUUGCAAGUCCACUCUGUAAUGGGCAGGUUUUGGUACACAUCUCUACAACUCAGACAAAUGGUUUUCCAAUUUCAGAAGCAUUUCAAACUUUAGAGGAAGAUGGGAUUCUUUUGCUAAAUGCAACGUCCUUUAAAUCUUUUGGAGACAAGAUUUUUCACAGCUUGCACUUUCAGGGUGCAGCAUUCGGGCUGCUUCGCCUAGCUGCACGACGCUUGUAUUGCUCUCCCACAACCCCGUUUUCACGGUUUAGGCAGCUCCCAUUUCGCCCGCCGCUACUACGGGAAUCGCUUUUGCUUUCUUUUCCUCUGGCUACUAAGAUCUUUCAGUUCGCCUGGUUCUCUCUUGCCUGCCCAUGGAUUCAGCAGCAGUUCGAAAGGUUGCCCUAUUCGGGAAUCUCCGGAUCUAUGCUGAUUUNGCUCCCAUUUCGCUCGCCGCUACUACGGGAAUCGCUUUUGCUUUCUUUUCCUCUGGCUACUAAGAUGUUUCAGUUCGCCUGGUUCUCUCUUGCCUGCCCAUGGAUUCAGCAGCAGUUCGAAAGGUUGCCCUAUUCGGGAAUUAUGAUUUCUGGUUAA